AAAUGUUUUUUUUUAUUUCGCAAUAGGUAUAUUUUUUUUUCUUUUGAAAAUUGCGUAUCCCAGUUUGAGAAACACUAACUCUUUAAAUAUCCGUAUUCGACCAAUGAGAAUGCAACAAUUUCGUAUUCAGUUUGUUUGUGGUUCGCGGUUCACCGUUUGUCCACAACGAUGAAUAUCUCUCGUGUAAAGAGGCCAUGAAGUUGUGAAGCAUGAAGACAGACACAGAAGGCCACCGCUCAAUUAGUCACUCUAUGAACGGUACCGGUAACCUCACAUUACAACUUGUUGAAAUCGUUGAAAUAUACAGUUGUAAUGAUCUUUAGGGAACGACAUUAUUUUAACGUUUUAUAAAUAAAAUGCAAAAGUGCAGAAUCUGUAAUGGUACAGAUUUCUAUAAAGAGGCUGGCUAUUUUUUUUGUCAAACAUGCCAAACGCAAAACGAGGAUAUCAGAGAGGAGGUCCUCGAAUUACGAAUAGAUACUUCAACCCGAUUGAGGAAAACCAGAAUUAGACGAUUGAGAUCAGACAAAUCAGGCGAUGAGCUUGGCUGGACUUCGUGGGAAUUGUAUAACUUUGUUCUCAUUGGAUUGACAAAUGAACUCGUAGAACUAGGUGUAUCAUCUGAUAUAAAGUUAACAGUAUUACAAUUAUGGGCAACUUAUUUGGGGAAGCUAGAAGUUGCAUUUAUUUCAACGAAAAAAAAAUCUGUACCAAAGCUGGCUAGAAGAUAUAACAAAAAGGAUGCAGAAAUUAUUUAUGGUAAAGUGCAGUCCCAAAGGAGGUCCAGAAAGCGUAGAAAAAUUGGGAGCAGUACAAAUACUUCUAUGAUAUCUGCUUAUCAAAGCGGAGGUAGCUCUAUGCGAGAAUUAAGUAAAAAUAAAAGACUUUUAGCAACUGCAGAUUAUGAUAGGUUUCUUCAGUCUCAAGGUAGUUCUGAAGGUGAUGGGCUUAGUCUGUUUAGUCAAAGUGCAUAUAGCAAUCAAUCCAGUUCAAUAAAAUCCUCAAAUAAUGAGGGAAAAGUGCAAUUCAGUUCUCAUGCUAAAGAAGAAGCAAGAAAAAUCAAAAGAUUAUCAAGAAAUAUACCUAGAUAUAAAAGAGCCAGCUAUAGAAUAAACCACAUAAGUACUCAAUAUAGGAUAGGACCUAAUAUAAUUACACCUAUGAAGUUAUGGGCAAUUGUGUAUAUAGCUCUUAGAAUUCAUGAUCAGCCCAUACAAUUAGGAGACAUGUUAAGAUAUGGAAGAGAAGGGCAUUUAUCAUACUAUAAGUUAGACCAUUUAAUACCGCCAGAAGUGAAUUUAACUAAAAGAGAAAGAAAUUUCUUAUCGCAAAAUGUUGAAAUUACGCAUAAAGGAAUGAGACGAAUCAUUGCGAGUAUCGCGAAACUUCUUGGUGUAUGGGAUAUAGUCUGUCCAGACUUCUUACCUCUAAUUAGUCGAUAUUGCCAAGAAUUAGGAUUACCUAGUAUCAAACUAUACACGGAAAGACUGAUAGCUUUAUCGCCGCCCAAAAUGAUAUUUAACGGAAAGAAGUCGUACAUUCCAAACUACGAAGGUCGUGCAAUAGCAUUUAUCAUUGUAGUGCUAAAAACUUUACUUGCUUUAGAUGACAUAACUGAAUAUCAAGUUAGCAGGAUAGCAGAGAAAAUCAACAGCGUAGCUAUUAAACAGGGCUUGUUAACAGAAAAAUUGUUCAGUUUUCAAGAGUGGCAAAAGUAUAUUGAAUGUAGAAAAACAAUUUUAACGCAUUCGCAUUUUCCAACCAAGAUGAAGUAUGGUCCAGAUACACACGGAAUCGACGAUCUGUACUUUAAAUUUUUGGAGUCUAUAACUUCUAAAGCGGACAAGAAGGAAACAGACAUAAAAAAUUCUAAACAUUUUUUACCGGAACCACUCGUUAACGCUAUGACGACAUACAUUUCUAAUUUAAAUGUAAAUGAUUUUCCACCAAAGGCAAUAGAUGUAUUUCCACCAUCUUUAACGCCUCUUCAUUCCUAUCUCCAGCAUUUAUUGGAUCAUCCACUUUAUGACAUUCCUAGUGUCGUAAGAAACGAUUUUUUUCUUACAAAAGUUGGGUAUAUGACUAAACCUGAUUCUCUUAUAGAAUUAGCUAUGGAGUGUGAUAUUAAUUUAGAGAUAAUUGAUUCAAGUUUACAUUUUCUUGAAAAAGUUGUACCUCCCUUCGAGCAACCCAGAAUGCCAAGUAUAGAGGAAUUAAAGCAGCUCGUAGAUGUGCAGGAUGAUUCUAAUACCCAACACACGGAAGGAAGUGAAAAUCUAAACGACUACUUGCAUAGAAAAAUACCGUGUAGAAUAAAAUUCAACGUUGCCAAAGAACAGUAUUACGACAAGGUUCGAAGUUCAGCAAAGAAUUUCAGAAAUAUUGACCUAGGAAGUGACUUUGGUUUCUCUGAAACUUUGCCGAAUGGUAGAUUAGCAAUUCCUAAUGAUAGCGAUAGCGAUAGCGAAGAUGAGAAGGAAGAUAUCAACCUUACCAAUAGAGAAAGUAUACUACUGGGAAAGAAAUUGUGUGAAAAAUACAAUUUACAUUUAUCAGUCGCAGAAAAAGAAUCUAUUAACGAGUCGGAUAUCAGCAAGAGAAUGCGUUUUAAAAAACACAAGCUUCAAUUUGCGCGAAACGCAAAGGGUCAGUUCAUUAAAGGAAGUGCUGUAUCUAUAAACGUUGAAGAAAAUAACGAAGAUUCCCUUUCCGAAACGGAUUUAGCUUUUCAGACGAGUACACAAAUAAAUUUGACAGAAAAGAUGCAUAACGAUAUCGACAAAAUUAUGGAAGAAGAACUACCCUUGUGCGAGGGUAUAGAUAUUAAUAAUAUAACAAUUGACGAUAUAGAUACUGCCUUUCCAAAUUUGAACGACUAUUUCAAUUUGAGCGAAAUUUCGUUAUUUCGCAAUAGCGACGAUAAUUCCAUGUUAGAAACUAAUUUGGAGAAAGACAUAGCUAAUAACAAAUACCAAUUCUUUAGACCCUUCAAACAUUAUUGGAUGUAUCAUUGCAUCUUUAGUCGUGUGAAACCAAAGAAUUUCGCGGUAUUUGAAAGAUCGCUACCACGAAAUUUUCGUUGGUUGUUAAACGAGUGCGCACUUGCCGUGGAAAUGUCCACGGAAGACUUAUACGAAGAAGUGUGUCUGAUAGAAACUUAUCACGCGAAUAUUUUAAAGUCUACUUCCGAGGAUAUCAAUCGCAGUAGCACAGAUCCGAUGUCGAAAAAUCAAAUAAAUUUAAUUUUAAGCAGGUGGUGAAAAAAUAAAUAAUAAAUUUAUUAAAUUAGUAUGUGGUUUGUCAUUAUUCGAUGAAAAAUUAAGCCAUAACGACAUAAAAUUUUGAUACUAAUAAUAAAAACUUCAUCACUCCUACAAAAGAAUAAGAUUUUAUUCAGUUGUAGAAUCGAGAUAUAAAUGUAUGCUUCUGAUGAAAGAAAGACAAAGAUAUAUGUGUAUAUUUUAAUUUCUCAAAGUACGCUUCUGCGAGUGUAAGCACGGUUAAAUUUGAAACGCUAAAAAAUAUAGUAUAUCCUUGAAUUGAUCAUAUAUAUAAAUCUCUAUUAUCGAACACUAAACCU